AUGGUCGCCGCGGUGCGCGUCGGGAACAAGCCGGGCCCUGGUCCGGGGCUCGCGAUGCUGGAGGUGGUGGCGCCGAGGCCAGCGGCCGGGGAGGAGCGGCUGUCGGACGCCGACACGACGGCGUCGUCGACGGCCGCGCCCAACUCGAGCCUCAGCUCGGCCAGCAGCGCCGCCAGCCUGCCGCGGUGCUCCAGCCUGUCCCGCCUCUCCUUCGACUGCUCCCCGUCCGCGGCCCUCUCCUUGGCGGCGUCUGCUGCUCCGGCUGCGGCGGCCUCCUCCUCCCCGUCUCCAGCGCCGGCGCGGCCGCACCGGUCCGGGGACGCGGCGUGGGCGGCGAUCCGCGCGGCGUCGACGUCGGCCGCGGCGCCGCUGGGGCCGCGGGACUUCAGGCUCCUGCGCCGCAUCGGCGGCGGCGACAUCGGCACCGUGUACCUGUGCCGUCUCCGGUCGGAGGCGGACGCGAAGGCAGAGGCGGGGCGGCAGCCCUGCGGCUGCCUGUACGCGAUGAAGUUGGUGGACCGGCGCGUGGUGGCCAAGAAGAAGAAGCUGGAGCGCGCUGCGGCGGAGAGGCGGAUCCUCCGCGUGCUGGACCACCCGUUCCUGCCCACGCUCUUCGCCGACUUCGACGCCGCGCCCCACUUCUCCUGCGUCGUUAUGGAGUUCUGCCCCGGCGGCGACCUCCACUCGCUCCGCCACCGCAUGCCCAACCGCCGCUUCCCUCUGCCGUCAGCUCGGUUCUACGCGGCGGAGGUGUUGCUGGCGCUAGAGUACCUGCACAUGAUGGGCAUCGUGUACCGCGACCUUAAGCCGGAGAACGUGCUGAUCCGCGCGGACGGCCACAUCAUGCUCACCGACUUCGACCUGUCGCUGCAGUCCACGUCCACGCCGUCGCUCGAGUCCGCCACCGCCGCCUCCGAGGACGACGAGGACGACUCACCGACCUCCGUGUCCUGCUUCCCGGGCCACCUGUUCCGCUUCACGCUUCGCCGCGGUAGCAGCCGGCGCGCGCUCCUCCGCCGUGCCGCGUCCGCCUCAGCGCGGCAGCCGCCGCCGCAGCCCCUGGUGGUGGCGGAGCCGGUGGAGGCGCGGUCGUGCUCGUUCGUGGGCACGCACGAGUACGUGGCGCCCGAGGUGGCCCGCGGCGGUCCCCACGGCGCGGCCGUGGACUGGUGGGCGCUCGGCGUGUUCCUGUACGAGCUCCUGCACGGGCGCACCCCGUUCGCGGGCGCCGACAACGAGGCCACGCUCCGCAACAUCGCGCGCCGCCCGCUGUCCUUCCCCUCGGCCAGCGCCGGUGACGCCGACGCGCGGGACCUGAUCGAACGCCUCCUCGCCAAGGAUCCCCGCCAGCGGCUGGGGUCCCGGCGCGGCGCCGCCGACGUGAAGGCGCACCCGUUCUUCCGCGGGCUCAACUUCGCGCUGCUCCGGUCCUCCCGCCCGCCCGUCGUCCCGGGCGCGUCCCGCUCCCCGCCGCUGCACCGCUCGCAGUCCUGCAGCGCGGCGACGGCGACCGCGGUGCGAAGGAGGGUGUCGAAGCCGCGGCCGGACGCCCGGUUCGACCUGUUCUGA